AUGACUCCUUCGUCAACAUCGGGAAGCGGCCGACGGCACAAUCGAAUUGGGAGAGUUCGGAGCACUCGUGCUAAAGUCGUCUAUGCGGGUAAGAAUGGGAGGAAAGGCUGAAACCGAGAGUCAUCUUAAUCCCUUUUUGUUUGAAUAUGUGUCGGUCGUUAACUAUUAUCACGACUCAUUAUCAGUCACGGAACUGAUAAACCUUUAUAUAAUUUCAGCCCCAACCAGAGAGAGGCGUGCUAACAAGCUGGCGAAUCAGUACGACAUGAAUGAGAUCGAGAGUUUGAAAGAGAUGAAGCCUGAAGAUCGGACGUUCGAGCAAGAUAAACUGCUUGCGAGCUACCUCGCGGAAACAGUUAAACUGAGACUCCGACGUAGGGCCAAGGAUCUGAAUGAGCUCGCGGAAAAAGUGGAGAAGAUAGUCCGCCCAGUCAAGGAUAUUCGCAAAGAACAAGCGAAAAAGGGCCCCAGACUCAGCGCCGUCUCCAGAAGCGUUCUGGAUGUGAUGAAAGAACGCAAAGGCGUUUGCACAGGGAAGAACAUCGUCCGCCUCCCGGUGAGAAUUUGGCGAAGACAAUAGAAUAUUUGAAAUGUAUCCGUUGCAGCGUCUUCCGUUCGUCAGAGAUAACGACUCGAUCGCAGUGGGCGAUCUUAUCAAGACGAAGGAAGCGUACAAAUCGAACGCGAGCUUUUGCUCCGUCCGAGACGAGAAAACGUUCGUCGCCGCCGAGAACUUGCUCCGCGAGCAGAUCUUCCUCGACAAAGAGCUCCGCGACUACAUGAAGAGAACGUUCUCUCCGCACAUUGACGAAGACUUGCUGGUCCAUCAGACACAAAGAGUCCGCCUCUUCCUCGGCAACGGCAGGAUGACCCACGACACGGAUCCCAUUGUGCACUCCAAGUGAGCACACUAUCUCUGAAUGUUUUUAUUGAUAAUUGAUUCUUCGACAGGGUCACUUUGGAUUACGCAAAGAAAGAGGAAUAUUGUCCGUCUCGGAGCCGCAUAAAAAUCCUCUCAAACAUCACGAGGAAUAGGAUUGACCCGAUCGCGGUGUUCUCGGAUGUGCCCGGAGAGACUCUGAGAAGCCUCGUCAUUCCGGACACUCUUGUCUACACCUACGCCGAUAGGAACGAACUCCCGGAGCACAGUUACCCGGGCUUGACGGAAUUCAUAAAAGAAGCUGAAUCGAAGGAAAACAUCGUAAGUUGCUUUGUCUUAGUGAAAUUCCUUUCAUUCCAACUCAUUCAGAUCAAAUGCUCCUGCUGCUCUGGCAAUGGAGCUCCGAUAGUGCCCUGCUGGCAGAAUCCUGAUUGUGCGUGCUACCAGAUGAACGCGAAGCUUCAAGUUCUGCAGGCUCAAUCAAACAAGAAUUUCCCGAAAACAAAUUUUGUAAGUUCCAUGAAACAAUUGCAACAAAAUACAAUCAUAAGUGUUUAAGUCGACGUUCGAGCCGAUUCUGAUCCCGCCGCGAUCCGAUUUCUACGAUACGAUCGGAUUCGCGUGUUCGGAACGAUGCGGAUGUCACGGAAGAUGCACGAACAACGUGACACUGCUCCCAGAAAAGAAGAUCUUCAUAACUGAGCUGUUCCGAGUGGACGCAAACAUGGGAUUCGGAGUCCGUUCGAUGGCGGCCAUCCCGGCAGGUAAACGACCGAUUUCAGUCGAACAAAUAAUACAUUGUUUCUGUUAAGGAACUCCCAUUAUGGAGUUUACCGGAAGACUUCGACGACGUGACGAUUUGGAUGAGAAAGACGAAAGUUACGCCUUUGACGUGGUCGUUGGAAACGAGGAAAUGGCUCGAUUCGUGCCGGAACUCGGCGGCUGGAGCGACGAUUUCAAAAAGAAGCUCAAGAAAAUUCUCCGCAUUCCGUGGUGUGUGAAUCCGAGGGAAUACGGCAACGUCGGCCGCACGUGCUGCCACAGCUGCGUUCCGAAUCUCCGCUUUGUGAGAGUGUUCCAGAAGGGAUUCCUCCCCACUCACGCUCGCCUUCUCCUCGUCACUAUGAUCGACAUCUUCCCGGGAGUCGAAGUAAGUUUUUCGCAUCUUAAUCAUCGAAAUGAACUCGUUUGCAGUUGACCCUCGACUACGGGGAAUCUUACGCUGAAGAGCAACUCAAGACGUGCUUGUGCAAGGAGAUAGUUUGCAAGCAGAAUCCGCAUUUCGAUCAAUUCAAACAGCUUUCAAAGGACGGGGUAAGAAAUAGAUCGGCAAGAAUGCUUAAAAUCAAUUGUUCCCAUUUUCAGUUCCGUCAAUUCUACGCUCUCAAGCAUCACAAUCAAUAUAAACGGUUCGAGAACAAAGUCCUCAACUCUCCCGAUCUUAAGUCUUUCCAGUAA